AUGUUCUCUUUUGGUGGAAGAAGACCAAUUUCUGGAGAUAUGCCUCUCCCUGAUACAAGUGAAACUGUUCACAUCUCUUCUCUUGCUUUAUUAAAAAUGUUAAAACAUGGAAGGGCUGGUGUCCCUGUUGAAGUUAUGGGGUUGAUGCUUGGAGAAUAUGUUGACGAUUACACUGUUCGUGUGGUUGAUGUAUUUGCUAUGCCACAAAAUGGUACAGGAGUUUCUGUUGAAGCAGUUGAUGAAGUGUAUCAAACAACAAUGAUCGAAAUGUUAAGACAAACAGGAAGAAAAGAAUCAAUUGUUGGGUGGUAUCACAGUCACCCUGGAUUUGGAUGUUGGUUAUCUUCUAUAGAUAUUUCUACACAACAAUCAUUUGAAAAAUUAAAUGAAAGGUGUGUCGCUGUUGUUGUAGAUCCAAUUCAAUCAGUUAAAGGAAAAGUUGUCAUUGAUGCAUUUAGAACUAUUCAGAAUCAAUUCAACUUAGGAGUUGAACCAAGACAAGUUACUUCAAACCAAGGUCAUUUAACUAAACCAACUUCACAAGCCAAAGUCCGAGGUUUAGGAAAACAAUAUUAUUCUAUGCCAAUUGAAUUCUCAAAGAACGAAAUAGAUGAAAGAAUGUUAUUGAAUUUACAAAAGAAAAAAUGGACAGAUUCAUUAGAAGUUGAAUCCUCACAACGUAAAGAUUCAAACAUUCAAACUAUUGAUAAAUUGAUUGGAUUAAUGAAACAAUAUAACCAAAAUAUACAAGAUGAAGCCUUAGAUCCAAAACUAAGAGAUUUACAACAAGUAGGUAAAAUUGAUCCUAAAAAACAUUUACAAAGAAUUGCUGACCAAGCCUUAACAGAAAAUGCCGUAGAUACACUUGGAGUAUUCAUGAAUACUGUUGUUUUCUAA